UCCCCGUUUGCUCUUCAUUUCAGAGGAAGCUUUUAGAGGGAAAAAGUCCAAACUAUCCCCUUUAAAUUUCCCUCCAUUUUCCUUCACUUUCUCUCCACCCAAACAACCAAAAACAUGCCAAUAGAACUGCCAAGGGGACUACCGUUCUCUGUAGACACAUGGAGUCCAAAUUCUAAGAGAAAGAGACACCAUUUCUUAACACAUGCCCAUAAAGACCACACCUCUGGGAUUUUAACACACUCUUGCUACCCAAUUUACACAACCCAUCUCACGAAAUUACUUGUUCUUCAAAAUUACCCUCAGCUUGAGGGUUCAUUAUUUGUCGGCAUUGAAGUGGGAGAGUCAGUGGUUAUUAAGGACCCAGAUGGAGAAUUCAAGGUCACGGCUUUUGAUGCCAAUCACUGUCCUGGAGCUGUAAUGUUCUUGUUUGAAGGCAAUUUUGGUAACAUCCUGCAUACAGGAGAUUGCAGGCUUACCCCAGAGGAUGUAAGAUGCAUACCAGAGAAGUAUAUCAGCAAGAAAGGAAAAGAACCUAGGUGCCAACUUGAUUAUGUUUUCUUAGAUUGCACAUUUGGAAAAUUCACUCAGAAACUUCCUAGUAAGCAUUCAGCAAUCCAACAGGUUCUUAAUUGCAUAUGGAAGCACCCUGCUGCAACUGUUGUGUAUCUGACCUGUGAUCUUCUUGGUCAAGAGGAUAUUUUGGCUGCUGUGUCUGAAACAUUUGGUUCCAAGAUAUUUGUUGAUGAGGUUGCCAACACAGAAAGUUUCCGAGCUUUGACACUUACAGUUCCUGAAAUUCUCACUCAAGAUCCAUCUUCCCGUUUCCAUAUGUUUGAUGGAUUUCCCAAGUUAUAUGAACGAGCAGCUAAAAAGAUUGCUGAGGCCCAGGCUAAUCUUCAACCUGAGCCCCUCAUUAUCCGUCCUUCAGCACAAUGGUAUGCAUGUGAGGAAGGAUAUUCUGAAACAGAAAGUCAAAGAAAACUGAGAUUCAACGAAGCAGUUAGGGACCCAAAUGGUGUUUGGCAUGUCUGUUAUUCUAUGCAUUCCUCCAGGGGAGAAUUGGAGUGGGCUUUGCAACUUCUUGUUCCUAAAUGGGUUGUGUCAACAACCCCCAGUUGCUUGGCUAUGGAGCUCGAUUAUGUUAAGAAGCAUUGCUCUGGCACUAAACUAACUUUAGAUGACCGUUUGUGGAAGCUUUUGGACAUUAAUGUUGAAGCAUCAUCAGAAACAGAAGUAACAGCCAGAGUCCUGGAUUAUCCUUCUGUGGUUGAACAGCCCAUUCAAAUUUCUGCACAAUCUCAGUCAUCACCAGUUAAAGUAACUUCCAGUUUGUCUCCUCCGAGCAAAAGGCCAGAAGUGACUUUGUUUGGUAGAGCGAGACUUGGCAUCCCAGAUUCUGGUUUCCCCGCUGAGGAGAAAAUUGAAUCUAUCAAAGAUUCUUCACAAGUAGUUGCUCAUAAAAUGGAUCAAGAUGUCCCAUUUGAAAAUGAAUUCGAAGUGAAAUGUGAGAAUAUAUUGGAGAGUAAGCUGGAUACUGAAUUGAAAUGUGAGAAUAAAUUGGACACCACAAAACUAAGCGGGAAGUCAGUCAAGAACGAAGUUUUAAAGGUUUCUGUUCGUUCCCCCAUUGGAUCCUCACUGAAUUUUAGUGAGACCUUGAGAAAGUUAUACCGGUCAAUGAAUGUGCCUGUGCCUCGGCCUCUUCCCUCCCUGUCAGAACUUAUGAACUCCAAGAAAGGAACCAAGAGGAGAUUUGAGUCUUAAUGUUCAUUAUUGUUCAGAAAACACCAAUACAAUUCGCUCUUCUUUCAACAUUGUUUUUUUAGGUCCUUUGCCUUCAGACCAGCAAUGCAUCGUAUAUGCAAGAACAGUGGAGAUGAAACCAGAAUACACAAUAUCUGUAAAGUUGUUGCUGGUGGUACCAAAUCUAUUAGUUCAAUUAUUUAUGAUGCCUUAAAGGUAAAAAAUGUAUUCACAUUAUCAA